AUGCCUGUCGUCAAAGGAGGUGUCUGGACCAACAUCGAGGAUGAGGUGCUUCGGGCUGCAGUCUCCAAAUAUGGACUGAACCAAUGGGCUCGAGUAUCCUCGUUGCUCGCCCGUAAAACACCCAAGCAGUGCAAGGCGCGUUGGAUCGAAUGGCUGGACCCUGGCAUUCGCAAGACAGAGUGGUCGCGACAGGAGGAUGAGAAACUGCUGCACCUUGCUAAGUUGAUGCCAACGCAAUGGCGCACAAUUGCCCCCAUCGUCGGACGAACCGCCACACAAUGUCUUGAACGCUACCAGAAGCUCUUGGACGAAGCUGAGUCCCGCGAAAAUGACGAGCUCGGACUGGGAGGACCUGGCGAGGAGAGCGCUGCGCCCAGUGCGGACGAUGUCCGCCGACUACGACCUGGUGAACUGGACCCCGACCCUGAAUCCAAGCCCGCCCGUCCCGACACAAUCGAUUUGGAUGAAGACGAAAAAGAAAUGCUGAGCGAAGCCCGUGCUCGUCUUGCUAACACACAGGGUAAGAAGGCCAAGCGCAAGGCUAGAGAGCGUCAACUGGAGGAGUCUCGGCGAAUGGCUGUCCUACAGAAGCGUCGCGAACUCAAGAACGCCGGUAUCAACGUUAAGGUUGUGACACGGAAGCCCGGCCAGAUGGAUUACAACGCAGACAUUCCAUUUGAAAAACCCGCAGCUCCGGGAUUCUACGACACAAUCGAAGAACAAAACCAAAAUGAGCGCCAGCGUGAGGCCUUUGACCCGCGGAAGCAGCAAUUGGCAAAUAAGAGAAAGGGUGACCAGGAUGAUGACGCGGAGCGCAAAAAGCGCAAGAACGACAAAUCAAGUGCGUCGGCUGCUUCAGCAGCUGCUCAGCGAGCCGGGCAAAUGCAGAAGAUCCGUGAGGCUGAGCAGAGCACCAAGCGAUCAGCGCUGAGUUUACCCGCACCCCAGGUCGGUGAAGGCGAGAUGGAGGAUAUCAUCAAGAUGGGAUUGGCAGGCGAACGAGCCAGCCAAUUGACAGGCGAUGAGGACUUUACCCAGGGCCUGCUAGGGAACUACUCCACCUCUCUUCUUGGGGAGACUCCUAUCAGAACCCCACGAGCUGCCCCACAAGAGGAUCAUAUUGCCAACGAGAUCAAGAAUAUUCGGGCUCUUAACGAGACACAGUCUUCUCUCCUUGGAGGAGAAAACACACCACUGCAUCAGGGUAACGCAUCAACUGGCUUUGACGGUAUUGCGCCUCGGGCGCAGAACAUCGUCACCCCCAAUCCCAUGGCCACCCCGUUCCGCCAGCCAAAUGGUAUGGGUGCCACACCCGGACCUAGCGCUACACCCUUGCGCACACCCCGCGACCACUUCUCCCUGAACCAAGGUGGGCAGAUCAUUGGCAGCACACCCCGAGACAUCAAAAAUCACGAGUCUUUUGUUCGCCAGCAGCUUCGCGGAAAAUUGGCUUCCCUCCCCAAGCCGAAGACAUCCGAAUGGUCGUUCGAUGAAAUUCCAGAUGAGACCGCCGAGCCCACUUUGUCGAUGGAGUUAAGUGAAGAGGACGCGGCUGAGCGUGAUCGCCGCGAACAAGAGGCCCGAGACAAGGCCGCAAAGGCCGAGUUCAAGCGUCAAUCACAAGUAUACCAACGAGGUCUGCCCCGACCCGCCGUUCUGGAUCUGAACGCUUUGGUCCAACGCGCCUCUCAAGUCACCGGCGCCAUUGAAGGCUUAAUUGCCAACGAAGCUGCCGCCUUGAUCGCACAUGACUCCCGAAAAUUCCCUGUUCCCGGAGCUCAGGUCGAAGGCAAGGCACCGAAGUUGCACCAACUUGACGAUCGAUUUUUGGAUGCAGCACGGGCUUCAAUUGCUGCCGAGAUUGCUUCCGAGGCGCAACAGUCCGAAUGGCAAGAUAAGUUUGACGAUGGCUGGUCCUCGGCUCGCGCCAAAUCACUGCCUGGCCUUGAGAAUUACGAAGAUGAUGAACAGGAUGCAUCCCGAGAAGAACAAAAAUUCAUUGGUGCCUUUGACACCGUCCAAACGGCCCUGUUUGCCACUGCUGAGCGUGGAAACAAGCUCGAGAAGAAGUUGUCUUUACAUUAUGGUGGAUAUCAAAACCGCGCCAAAACGCUGCGGUCAAAAAUCUCGGAGGCUGGAGCUGCCCUGCCCGCGGCUACAAAUGAGCUCGACGCCUUCCGCACACUUCAAAUCUCUGAAGAGGCGGCCUUGCCUCGACGACUGGAAGGCCUUCGGGAGGCUGUUUCAUUUGUGAUGCGGCGUGAGCGUGAGGCCCAAGAAGUGUACAGGAGCCGGAAGGAGGAACUCGAUGAGCUUGUUGCUGGCACUGCCACCAUCAAUGGAUGGCGCUAG